CACGGGGACUCUUGUAGCGUUGGUGUGUAUGCGUUGGAGUACAUUGUAGUACAGCACUAGAGAAAGAAAUGAAGAAAGAAUUGUUUAGUGCGGUGGAGAGAGGUGAUAUUCAGUCAGUAACGCGUCUUUUGGAGAUGGGAGGUGAUGUCAAUAUGCGUGAUGACCGUGGGAAUUUCACUCUUCUGAUGCAAGCUUGUGAGAGCAAUAACAAAGACAUUGUUGAUUUGCUGCUUUCUAAAUCAGCAGAUGUUAAUGAAACUAGUGGCUUCUGGAGACAGACAGCUCUGAUGAUAGCAGCAUGGAUUGGAUCUGAUAAGAUUGUCGAUGAAUUGUUGGAAGUCAAAGAUAUUAAUGUGAUGGAGAAGAAUCGUGUAGGAAAGACAGCCAUCCAUCUUGCUGCAGUGUGUAAUCAUGUGACCAUUGUAGAGAGACUACUGUCUUGUUUUGUUCCUGUUGAUAUCAUUGAUAAUAAUGGUUUAACACCACUGUGGUGUGCUGCCUACAAUGGUCGUGUGCGUUGCGUCGAUGUUCUUCUAAAGCAUGGAGCGAGUCCCCAACAUGAGAGUGAGAUUGAAGUAUCACCACUGGAGAUUGCCAAACUAUUUGAUCACAGACGUGUGGUUGAGAUGAUGGAAGAAGCCAUAAGAUUGAGAUCUCAUCCAUACAUGAAGGGUCACAUGUCUGUCAUGAGACAUCAAGAACAACAGAAAAUCACUGAACUGCUGAGCAAAGUUGAGAAGAUGAAAGAAGAAUUAAGGCAAUCAGUACAUGAGAGCGAUGUGAAGCUGAGAAAGGAGAUCCAACAGAAAGAGAAGGAAAUGAGAUGUCUCGUGUCUGCCCUUGCUACUGUUACGAUAAUGGCAACGGAAAAAGUUGGUGAAGGUCACAUGACUUCGGGCGAGUUUCAGUUGUUGUCACAGCUACCAGGUGCAUCAGUGAAUGACGAUGAAUGUGUUUAUGUGUCUCGUGUUGUGCGUGCUGUCCAGCAUGUCAGCUCUAGCAGGUGGUAUGCCAUUGGUUCUGCUUGUGGGAAAACGUUUGAUCAACUGCAACAGCUGAAGUUCCUACCAGAUGACAGUGAUAAAGUGCAGCUUCUCUAUGAUCAGUUAGCACAGCAAAUGGGAAGGAAGAGCGCAGCAGACAGAUUGCUAGAGGCGUGUAAAUCAAUGGCCAAUCCAACAUAUCGAGCUGUGAUGGAAGAAAUGGACAAUGAAAUUUCAAGAGUUUCAGUUGAAUGAUGAUGAUGGUUUGAUAUCAUUGCAUUUUACAUAGCUUUGUGUGACGUGUGUAACCGUGAUUGGGCAGUAGACUGGGAUGGUGUUUGACUGAAUUGACUAGAAUAGCAUAAGAAGCAGUGUUGUAUUGACUGGGUUGGAUUUCAAUAUAUAUAUGUAUAU